AGCUGGGAAAACACGCGAGACUUGGAGCGACGCCGUACGUUUGAGACACAGUUAUCAGGCUGUUUAUGUUCCCGUUUCGCUUUUUCUGUCGCCGCUGUUAGCAGGAAAGUACUGUAGGCAGCAGUAGCGCACACACUGUGGUCCGACCAGGGAGCUGAAGCGGUAGAAACAGAGAAGAUGCAAUUUGCAACUGCUAAGUGGUAUGACAGACGGGACUUUGUUUAUAUAGAGUUCUGCGUGGAAGACAGCAAAGAUGUGCAAGUAAAUUUCGACAAGUCUAAAAUCAUUUUCAGUUGUGUUGGUGGGACAGAUAAGAUCAAACACCAAAAUGUAUUGGACCUAUUUGAAGAGAUCGACCCCAAAGAAUCCAAACACAGACGCACUGACAGGUCUGUGUCGUGUUGUUUACGAAAAGCAGAGGCUGGGAAACCGUGGCCACGGCUCACCAAAGAUAAGGCAAAGUUCAACUGGCUGAGUGUGGAUUUCAAUAAUUGGAAAGACUGGGAAGAUGACUCAGACGAUGACUUGUCAAGUUUUGACAAAUUCUCAGAGAUGAUGAACAGCAUGGGAGGGGACGAUAUACCAGAUUUAGAUGGUGCAGAUGAUGAGCAAGAGUCUGCAGACAGCGAUGAUGAAAAAAUGCCAGACCUUGAGUAGAUGACUGUGGGAUGGCACCUCAGUAGUAGUCAAAGUGAGUCACAGGUUGGGUGAAGAGAGAGACUAGAACAGAGUUGGCACUGGCAGCCGUGUUGGGAAAGAAACCUCCUCUUUCUACAAAGUUUCCAAAGCCAAACCCCUCCAAGGCGCAGAGUGGCUGUCGGAUACAGACAUGCACAGAGAUCCUUAGCGACAAUACAGUGCUGUGCUUUGCUGUUAUAUUCUGCAUGGACAAUUCUGUUUAAACGAAAAUGUCAUUGUUCAUUGACUUAAAUGACUAAUGGGAUGUGCUGAUGUCUUAUACCUUCUCUCCCUCUGUUUUUUUUGCGAUGUCAGGUUAUGUAUUGAACAUUGUGAUUUCUAAUGAAGAUGAAAACAUUCAAAAUGCCUAUUUUCCAAAAAAAAAAAAAAAAAUUCAUUUUUUUUAAUGAAAGAUUUCCCCUUUAAUGUUUGUAUUGUAAAUUGCACUUCUAUUUUGUUUGUUAAUUUAUAAAGGAGUUCAGCUUGAAAUGGGUUUUCCAAUGUAUGUCAACAUCUGCAAAUAUUUAACAAACAGUUCAUUGAUUUUUGAAUAUUUCAGCAUUUAAAAUAAAUGAAUAUGCCUGUGCAACUGACAGCUUGUGUUCAGAUUAUGAUACAGUAAAGUUAUGGUACAAUAUUCUCAUGCAGUCACCUUUUGCAAGGGUGUUUUUGUUUUCCUAUGCCAGUGUACAAAACAUUUUUGCACAUUGUAGCUACAAAAAAAAAAGAAAAAAAAAUCUUCCAAAAGAAUACAGAGGUGAGUGCAGAAAUCCUAUGUGGUCUAUCGAGACAUUUCCAAAUUGUUCUCGCUGACAGUGCGGGUCACAAACAUGUUUGUUUAGGAGAUACACCACAGCUGUGUUUUUCAAACUUCUGUGUUUGAUUCAACAUGUCUUUCCUAUUUUUGAGUUUGUCUAAUGUUGUGGGACUUUUUGACUACAUAUUUCUAAUAAACUGUUUCAGAUCAGCUGA